GCGGAGGGAGGGGCCGAGGACGCAGGGGGUGGGGGCUGCCGAGGCAGAGUCGCAGCGGCUUCAGCCUCCUGUUCGCUCACUCGUUCUCAGUGCCCGGAGCCGGGUGCCCGGCUCGUGGCGGUUCGCAGCUCCCGCUCCUGCUGGGGACCUGCAGGGCUCCGGACCGCGCGGCCGGCCGGGAGCCCCGGGCGCGCCGCGGAUGCAGGGCCGGAUGGCGCUAUCCGCAGUGGGCCUCCUUGUUGUCUCCCUUCUGCAAGCUGCCCUCACUCUGAACCCUGAGGACCCCAAUGUGUGUAGCCACUGGGAGAGCUAUGCUGUGACAGUGCAGGAGUCUUAUGCGCACCCCUUUGACCAGAUCUACUACACACGAUGUGCAGACAUCCUCAACUGGUUCAAGUGCACCCGGCACCGGAUCAGCUAUAAGACGGCAUAUAGGCGUGGCCUCCGGACCAUGUACCGCCGGAGGUCCCAGUGCUGCCCUGGCUACUACGAGAAUGGAGACUUCUGCAUUCCCCUGUGCACGGAAGAGUGUAUGCAUGGCCGCUGCGUCUCCCCAGAUACCUGCCUCUGUGAGCCCGGAUGGGGAGGCCCUGACUGCUCUAGCGGCUGUGACAGCGAACACUGGGGUCCCCACUGCAGCAACCGGUGUCAGUGUCAGAACGGCGCCCUGUGCAACCCUAUCACCGGCGCCUGCGUGUGCGCCCCAGGCUUCCGAGGCUGGCGCUGUGAGGAACUCUGUGCUCCCGGUACCCACGGCAAAGGCUGCCAGCUGCCGUGUCAGUGCCACCAUGGCGCUAGCUGCGACCCACGCACGGGCGAGUGCCUUUGCGCACCCGGCUACACCGGUGUUUACUGCGAGGAGCUGUGCCCCCCUGGGAGCCAUGGGGCUCACUGUGAGCUGCGCUGCCCCUGCCAAAAUGGGGGCACCUGCCACCACAUCACUGGGGAGUGUGCUUGCCCUCCGGGCUGGACGGGAGCAGUGUGUGCUGAGCCCUGCCCAGCAGGGACCUUUGGCCAGAACUGUAGCCAGGAUUGUCCCUGCCACCAUGGAGGCCAGUGUGACCAUGUGACUGGACAGUGCUACUGCACAGCUGGAUACAUGGGGGACAGGUGCCAGGAGGAAUGCCCCUUUGGAACUUUCGGCUUCCGGUGCUCUCAGCGCUGUGACUGCCACAAUGGAGGUCAAUGUUCACCGACCACAGGUGCCUGUGAGUGUGAGCCUGGCUAUAAGGGCCCGAGCUGCCAGGAGCGGCUCUGCCCGGAGGGCCUGCAUGGCUCGGGCUGCACCUUGCCCUGUCCCUGCGACACUGAGAACACUGUCAGCUGCCAUCCGGUCACUGGAGCUUGUACCUGCCGACCAGGCUGGUCUGGCCACUACUGCAAUGAGUCCUGCCCUGCCGGCUACUAUGGCAACGGUUGCCAGCUGCCCUGCACCUGUCAGAAUGGCGCUGACUGCCACAGCGUCACUGGGGGCUGUACUUGCGCACCAGGCUUCAUGGGAGAGGUGUGUGCGGUUCCCUGCCCUGCGGGGACCUAUGGUCCCAACUGCUCAUCUGUAUGUAGCUGCAGCAAUGGCGGCACCUGUUCCCCUGUGGAUGGCUCCUGCACCUGUCAAGAGGGGUGGCAGGGCCUGGACUGCUCCCUGCCUUGUCCCAGUGGGACCUGGGGCCUGAAUUGCAAUGAGAGCUGCGUCUGUGCCAACGGGGCAGCCUGCAGCCCCUCUGACGGCUCCUGUGCCUGUACCCCAGGCUGGCUGGGGGACUCCUGCGAACUGCCCUGCCCAGAUGGCACUUUCGGACUGAACUGCAGUGAACACUGUGAUUGCAGCCAUGCCGAUGGCUGUGACCCUAUCACAGGCCACUGCUGCUGCCUGGCAGGAUGGACAGGCAUCCGCUGUGACAGCACAUGUCCUCCAGGUCGCUGGGGUCCCAACUGCUCAGUGUCCUGCAGCUGUGAGAAUGGAGGUUCCUGUUCUCCAGAGGACGGAAGCUGCGAGUGUGCCCCUGGCUUCCGAGGACCCUUAUGUCAGAGAAUCUGCCCACCAGGGUUCUACGGCCAUGGCUGCGCCCAGCCUUGUCCUCUCUGCGUGCACAGCAGCGGGCCCUGCCACCACAUCAGUGGCAUCUGUGAGUGCCUGCCAGGAUUCUCUGGAGCCUUGUGCAACCAAGUGUGUGCUGGAGGGCACUUCGGGCAGGACUGUGCCCAGCUCUGCUCCUGUGCCAACAAUGGGACCUGCAGCCCCAUCGAUGGUUCCUGUCAGUGUUUUCCUGGGUGGAUUGGCAAGGACUGCUCACAGGCCUGCCCACCUGGGUUCUGGGGCUCUGCCUGCUUCCAUACAUGCAGCUGCCACAACGGGGCGAGCUGCAGCGCCGAGGAUGGGGCCUGCCACUGCACCCCUGGCUGGACUGGACUCUUCUGCACGCAGCGGUGCCCCACAGCGUUUUUUGGGAAGGAUUGUGGGCACAUAUGCCAGUGUCAGAACGGAGCCAGCUGUGACCACAUCACUGGGAAAUGCACCUGUCGAACAGGCUUCACUGGGCGCCACUGUGAACAGAGAUGUGCCCCAGGAACGUUUGGAUAUGGGUGUCAGCAGCUCUGUGAGUGCAUGAACAAUGCCACUUGUGACCAUGUCACUGGUACCUGUUACUGCAGUCCUGGAUUCAAAGGAAUCAGAUGUGACCAAGCUGCCCUCAUGAUGGACGAGCUGAAUCCCUACACCAAGAUCAGUCCAGCUUUGGGAGCAGAGCGGCACUCAGUGGGUGCUGUCACAGGCAUCAUCCUUCUGUUGUUCCUGGUUGUGGUGCUGCUGGGCCUUUUUGCCUGGCGACGGAGGCGACAGAAAGAGAAAGGCCGUGACCUGGCUCCCCGUGUCUCCUACACCCCAGCCAUGAGGAUGACCAGCACAGACUAUUCUCUCUCAGAUUUGUCUCAAAGUAGCAGCCAUGCCCAGUGCUUUUCCAAUGCCAGCUACCACGCACUGGCGUGCGGGGGCCCUGCCACCAGCCAGGCCAGCACUCUGGACAGGAACAGCCCCACCAAGCUCAGUAACAAGUCCCUUGACAGAGACACAGCAGGCUGGACCCCCUACAGCUAUGUGAACGUGUUAGACUCCCAUUUCCAGAUCAGUGCCCUGGAGGCCAGGUACCCGCCCGAGGACUUCUACAUUGAACUUAGACACCUCAGCCGCCACGCUGAGCCACACUCACCAGGCACCUGUGGAAUGGAUAGACGUCAGAAUACAUACAUUAUGGACAAAGGCUUCAAAGAUUACAUGAAAGAAUCUGUGUGCAGUUCUAGUACUUGCUCCUUGAACAGCAGUGAAAACCCUUAUGCCACAAUUAAGGACCCACCCAUCCUCACCUGCAAGCUUCCAGAAAGCAGCUAUGUAGAAAUGAAGUCACCUGUGCACAUGGGGUCUCCGUACACAGAUGUGCCAUCCUUGUCGACAGCUAAUAAAAAUAUAUAUGAAGUUGAGCCCACAGUCAGUGUGGUCCAGGAAGGCCGAGGUCAGAACUCCAGCUAUAUCCAGAAUCCGUACGACCUACCUAGGAACAGCCAUAUUCCUGGUCAUUGUGACCUCCUCCCAGUAGGAGAGGGCCCCACCCACGGGCUCCCCCAGGACAAACUGUAAGAGGGACAAGCUUCUGAGUGUGCUCUGCCGACUAUUUUCUGGCUCUGAAAGAAGACAAUCCAUGACCUGAAAUGUCAGUACAGACGGACUGAGCUGUGUGUGAUUAGCUCCUUCACCUGGACUGAAGACAUGCUUCUAAACGGGAGUGGGUAACCGUUCAACAAAGCCUGUUCACAAAGGCAAAUCCUAUCACCUUCAGCCCUAAAUGCCUGGGUAUGAUUUUUUAAAACAUUUAAGAUACUGCUACUCAUCAACAUCAGCUAAAAGAUAUGUAUUUAAUAUUCUGAAACAACUCUUAAGAAGCAUGUAGCUUAGGUUCUGCAAACUUUCCUAAGAAGAAAAGGGGGCUGGGGAGGGGAGUGGGGACACUUUAAAGCACCUGAAAUGUAUAUGUGCUGUUGGCUGUUGGUACCAUCAACACCUGUUUCUAAGGGAAUUGGUCUGUGGACAUGAACUGUUCUAGUAUUAAUCGCAAAGUCUGUGUACAUAAGGCUUUGGUCCAUCAAAAUAUAACAGCCACAAUCAGAGUUUAAAAUAUAGCCUAAUUCUGACAACUUGCAUUUUCAAAAACAAGAAUUUAAUAGCCAUUUUCUUCUGCCCUAUUAGUGAUAACAGGCAAAACAGAAAGGGGGAAUAAGUAAUCAUUUCAAAAGUGCAGCAGUUUCUGUCAAUCUAGAAUGAUUUCUACACCAGUCUUACCAAAUUCGG